CCCCCCUCCCUCCUCGCUCGAUCUCCAGUCCACUUCGCCGAGCUGCGUUCGCUCUCUCCUUCUUCCUCUUCCUCCGUCUUGGUGGGUUGAUGCGAAUCUGGGUAAUCGAUGGCAUUCGUGAUUUCCGACGUGCGGCUCUUCUUGGAAAUGAUAUGACCGGCCGAUGAUGCGCAUCGAAUCUUGAUUUUGCGAAUUCUGCUCAGAGGUUUCUUAGAAGAGAAGCUCGAUGAUCGGUUUAUUUGUUGACAUUUGCUGAAUGCCAAGAGUCAGGAGUUCUGUUGAAAGAUGAUAAAAUUUUCAUAUGUUUUUGAGCUAUUAUUCAUUGGAGCAAGUUCAAUAAGACAGGAAGCUCGUGACUUAUAACUUACUAUGUUGGACACUCCUGCCAUAUAGGUUUGUCUUUGGGUCGACUUAGAUGGAUGUUGGAGCUCCCGAACGACAUAGAGAUAGUCAGAUAGAUCGGUAUCCUUUGCUAAUGGAACAAGUGGAGAGUAGUAAUGGUCAUCAGCACAUAAUUGAUGUAGAGAGAAAUGGGGACGCCUCAUUGACAGCAUCUCAUGGUGAUCAGCAACGCAGGGUAGACUUGACAGAGGAUGAGGAUGGACUUUCGCCUAGCAUGCCAGCCCCUGCGGAUCAAACAACUGUAAAUUCAUCAAACAGAUUGAACUCCGUGAAUUCCUCUAGCACGAGAAGGAGUGAUGAUUACCACCAGCAUCGAACAAGUCCAUUGAAUUCUGGACUAUGGAUUUCAGUGGAGUUAGUUGUCACCGUGGGUCAAAUUAUAGCAUCCAUGGUAGUUUUGUCAUUGUCAAGACAUGAAAAUCCAGAGGCUCCACUAUUUGCAUGGAUUGUAGGUUAUGCAUCUGGUUGUGUGGCGACGCUGCCUAUUCUUUACUGGCGUUAUCGUUCUGGCAACCGUGGUAGUGAUCAGCAGUCCAGUCGAUCCCAUCAAGGGACUUCUCAUAGCAGUCAAUCAGAGCCUAGAUCUUAUACAGCCAUCUCUGUCACACAGUCCACAGAUGAGGGCAAUCAACAUUCUGAAGAAUCGGCAUCAUGGAAUGGCCAAAUUGCAGACACUCUGAGUUCACGAAUUAGUGGGCUGGUGGACCAUUUCAAGAUGGCCUUAGACUGUUUUUUUGCUGUAUGGUUUGUUGUCGGCAAUGUGUGGAUUUUCGGAGGUCACUCUUCACCUUCUGAUGCUCCAAAACUGUAUAGGUUAUGUAUAGUAUUUCUAACUUUUAGCUGUAUUGGAUAUGCCAUGCCUUUUAUACUAUGCGCAACAAUUUGUUGCUGCCUACCUUGCAUAAUGUCUGUUCUGGGCAUCCGAGAAGACUUUUCACAGACAAGAGGAGCCACCUCAGAAUCCAUCAAUGCUCUUCCUAUCUACAAAUUCAAGGUGAAGCAAGACUUAAAUGCUGACGGCGAGGAAUUUAUCACAGGAGGAAGUGAAGGUGGGGUCUUAGCUCCAGGGACAGAAAAGGAGCGUUUCUUGUCGGGAGAAGACGCAGUUUGCUGUAUUUGCUUGUCAAGAUAUGCAGAUAACGAUGAACUAAAAGAGCUACCUUGUCACCAUGUCUUCCACGUUGAGUGCAUUGAUAAAUGGUUAAAGAUCAAUGCUUCAUGCCCCCUCUGUAAAAGUGAGAUUAGCGAGAGCAGUGGGCUUUCGCAAUCUGACAGAGACAGCUAGAACUGAGGACGAGUUUCAAGUAGCUCAAGAAUUUGCAUAAGGGAGCUGCCCAUGAAUGUGCCAACUACAAUGUUUGCUCAUCGGACUUGCGAUGAAACAGGGCCUCUUCGCAGAGACGUGUAUUAACUUGGCACAGGUAGCAAGAGGUUAUAUCUGCAAAGAGGUUCUCUUGGGACGUGUCGGAUGAUUUACCGUUGCUACACUACACUAUGGAGAAGUGAAUCUUUUGCUUGGGAGUGGUCCCACCUUCUCAGGACAUGUAAAUGUGUGAGGUCGAAGUUGAAUGCUCGGCUCAUACGCCGGGUCCCGUGAAACGAUCUGGGGGUGCUGCAAUGGCAAAGGAAUCUUUGCGCACAGAUCCUAUCUCAGGAUAAUGGUAAUGAUGUAUAUAGCUUGUUCGAAAAUACAGUACAUGGUGUAUUUAAUCGCGUAAAUUGCGAUAAACUGUAACUAUUCAUCGUGUCAUGUUCUCCUAUUUUGGAGCCCUAGAGUGGCCAUGCUUAAGAUAGAUGGAGGACCUCAGUACUUUUGCUGUUACAGACAGUUACCCAAGGCUGAUCAAUAAAUAGCUAGCAUCGUGCGUAA